CCCAAUGCAUCUAUAAGCGCGGUCCUGAAUAAACCUACGAUCAACUCCACAAAAUUCACUGCAUGGAUGAAGGCAAAUCAAGUGUAUCCUACUGCAAAAGAGCUGACGUAUGUUGAGUUUCCAAGCAAAUUCACCUGGAAGAAAAAGACCAUGGAAUGGGUAGAAAGAAAGAGAGGAUUUUCUAUUGGACGCAUUUAUUACGUACGCCCUGGAGCAGGUGAGAAGUACUAUCUACAGAUACUGUUGAAUAUUGUGAAGGGAGCAACCAGCUUUGAGGACUUGAGGACUUAUGAAGGGACCGUAUAUCCUACAUUUAGAGACGCGUGCCAUGCACGUGGUUUACUUAAAGAUGACAAGGAGUAUAUUGAUGGCAUUACAGAUGCAAGCUUCUGGUCAUCUUCACGGUCGCUCCGCAUUGUAUUUGCUACUCUUCUGGUUUCAAAUGAGUUUUCUAAGCCAGGCUUAGUGUGGCAAAAGUGUUGGGAGUUUUUCUCUGAUGACAUACUAUACAACAUUCGCAAGAAUACGGGUAAUCCAGAUUUUGAACUGGAUCAAGAGAAAAUUGAAAAGUAUUGUUUGUUGGAGAUUCAGAAGCUCUUGCAGUCAAGAGGUAGAUCACUACGUGAUUUUGCUGGCAUACCCUUGCUACCUGAUGAUGAAAUGCCCUCGCUUGAAGAAGUUCUCAUUCAUGAAGAGCUGCGGUAUGAUAAAUCGUAUUUGAUGGAGGAGCAUGCAAAGUUGUUGGCCGAGAUGACAGAUGAACAACGUGUUGUGUAUGACAGAAUAAUGGAAUCUGUAGAUUGUAGAAAUGGGAAAUUCUACUUUUUAUAUGGUCACGGAGGAACUGGGAAAACAUAUCUAUGGAGGACUUUGUCUGCAGCUGUUAGAUCUCGCGGUGAUAUAGUUCUUAACGUUGCUUCAAGUGGUAUAGCAUCGCUUCUGUUGCCUGGAGGAAGGAC